CACCAUGGCGGCUGUCGCCUGCGGUCCGCACAGCGCUGCGCUAACCAACGCCGUCAGCGGCAAGAAGACGCAUAAUAACAGAGAGCACAUGCGAAGAAACCGGGACAAUUCACGCCGGAGACAAGCCGCCCUGCUGUUUCUCAGUAACAUCUCCCUGGACGGACGCCCCGUCAAGAGCACUUCUGCCGAGAACGGAGGCAGCAGCCGACACAGAGACGCCGACCCCGAGGGAGCCGAGUUCGGCACGGGGGCUACCUUGUUCCCGGAGGGGAGUAACGGCAGUUACGGGACGUUUCCCUGCCUGCCCACGUCUGUGAGCUGCAGCAACGUUAAUCCCUCUCAAGGACCGAGGAUAGGCGUCCUCGGCGUCCCGCCUAUCCUGGUCCUCCCAUCCGAUGCGGAGUUCAACGACGUCGCCAGCGCCGAGGUGCUGCUGGAGCGGCGGAGAGGGUCGUUCGCGUCGCAGGGUAACCUGCUCUCCCCGUCCCCAUCCAACAACAGCCUGCUGCCGUCGCCGGUGGGACCACGGAAGUCCUCCACGCUGCUGUCCGUACAGAGUUGUAACUCCGUGUCCUCGGAGCCAAGGCAAAGGAGUCGUAACCUCUCAGGGGGUUCACCCAGACCGAGGCUCGCCAAAAAGGUUCACUUCAUCAAGAACAUGAGACAGUACGACACACGUGGCAGCAGAAUUGUGCUGAUCUGUGCCAAAAGGUCCCUGUGUGCUGCUUUCUCUGUGCUGCCCUAUGGAGAGAGCUUUUAUAUCAGUGACCCUGCAUUAAACCAUCCGAGAAGAAGACACUCAUCUGGUAACAUCUCCACCACUCUGGAGAUGCUGCCUGGUUUAGAGGGCUUCCAACUGGAAACCUAUGGAAAGUCUGUGUCAUACGCCCAGUUCCUGUACCCCACCAAUGCCCUGGUCCGACAGAAGCCAUCCUCCGCAGGUGACCUGACCCUUCAAAUCCCGGUGUCCAGGAGCACUCAUAGCAUGCCAGGCAGAGCCUACACUCCCACCCGAAUCAACAGCACUGUGGGCCUAGACCUGGGUGUGGAGGAUGUAACAGACUAUGACCCUAACCUCCUGAGCGACCCCCAGUGGCCUUGUGGCAAACAUAAGAGGGUGCUGAUCUUUGCCUCCUACAUGACUACAGUCAUAGAGUAUGUAAAGCCGUCGGAUUUGAAGAAAGACAUGAACGAGACUUUUAAGGAGAAGUUUCCCCACAUCAAACUCACCCUCAGCAAGAUACGCAGUCUGAAGAGAGAGAUGUGUGCGGUGGGAGAGGACUGCAGCCUACAGCCUGUCACUAUAGCAAUGUCCUUUGUUUACUUUGAGAAGCUGGUGUUACAGGGUCGACUAAACAAGCAUAACAGGAAGUUGGUGUCAGCCGCCUGCAUCCUGUUGGCUGCCAAGAUCAGCAGUGACCUCAAGAAACAGGAGGUCAAGCACCUUAUCGAUAAACUCGAGGAGCGUUUCCGGAUCGGCAGGAGAGAGUUGAUACAGUUUGAGUUCACUAUCCUGGUCGCCCUGGAGAUGGCACUGUACCUCCCUGAGAGCAAGGUCUUGCCACAUUACCGCCGCCUGGUCCAGCAGCAGCCGUUAUAGUAGUGCCUGGCUAAAUAGCACAUUGACACAGUGACCUCCCUCCCUGGUCCCACGGACCAAUAGCACCUUAUUACUCUCCAAGUGCAAACACGCACCACACUGUGAUGGAUGGAUGAUGCAGUAGAAAUCCCAAUAAUGACUUGCUCUCAAAGAGGCAGUGGCAUUAUGGGAAACAUCCAUCCCAAAAGGUAAAGUUAGGAUCCCAUGAAGAACUGCUGGGCAUCUGAACAAACGUAAUUUCACAGUAGCUUGUACCACAGCAGCACUCCUCGUUGCGCUUGGCUCAACAGCACAGAGUUACUGUAGCAUUCAUCCUCUACUAGUCCCUCCGUAGAGCCAAGGCACAAUAUAGAUGAAGUAAAAAUACAUCAACAGACAGACAGCUCUAUCACACAGCACAGCAACACCUUGGAUUUUCCUCCCUGCUCUCCCAUACACCAAAGUCACACUGUGAUGAAAAGUACAACAACAGUCCUGAUAGUGACUUGUUCACCAGCACAACAGCAGUGAGAGUCACUCCCUUUUACCCUCCUCAUCCAGACGCCAAAGUGAUGCCGCACUGGGACAAGUUGGUACAGCAACAGUCCUAGUACCUGACUCAACAGCAUCAA